AUGAGCUUCCUUCAGGACCCUUUGAUUGAAUGGCGUACGACUUUAUCACGGCAUCAGCAGCAGCAGCAACAGCAGCAGCAGCAGCAGAGCGAAGCAGCAGCAGCAGCAGCAGCAAAGACAGGAGAGAGAAAAGCAUAUGCAUGCAUCGUUACAAUACAAAAAAAGCUGCAGGGCUGUAUUUCUGUUCUUCCUCCGGGGGCGUUUGAGGAGUCUGUACACCCCAGCCAGCAGCAGCAGCAGCAGCAGCAGCAGCGGAAGCAGCAGCAGCAGCAGCAGCAGAAGCGACGGCAGCAGCAGGUAAUAGAAGAUGGAAGCAGCAGCAGUGAAGACUCAUUUGUAGAGUCUGAAGAAGAAGAAAUAAAUAUAUCGGGUGCAACAGAUGCAGCAGCAGCAGCAAUCCGUCUUUUCUGCUUUGAACUCCACCACAUUGUGUCGGAGUUCAUCGAUGGCGAGAUACCCCAGAAGAUCUUCAUUGCGUCAUUUGUGAAAAUUGUUUUGAAUUGCCCUGCCCUAAUUGUGAUGCUCCAGGAGAAGUUUGUCCGCCUGCUUUUGGACAAUGCGGACAUAUCUUUCAUCUACAUUGCAUCGCAGCAGCAGCAGCAGCAGCAACAGCAACAGCAGCAGCAGCAGCAGCAACAACAGCAGCAGCACCACCAGCACCAACGACAGCAGCAACAUCGGCAGCAACAUCAGCAGCGACAACAGCAACAGCAGCAGCAGCAGCAGCAGCAACAGCAGCAGCAGCAGCAGCAGGAGCAGCAGCAGCAGCAGCAAAACACACCUGAAAUGCUGGGCUUCGAAAGGCCGCAAGAUCUGCCUCUGCUUUUGCUGCUGCUGUUGCUGCUGCUGUUGCUGCUGCUGUUGCUGCUGCAGUAG